AGUAGGUAACAGCAGUUGAUUGUAGCCAGUAUCAAUAUUGGCCAUCGGGGAUACGAGGAUACGAGCUAAUGAUCAGCUUUAGGCCGGGAUCCCUCCGAUGCCGGCGGGUUUGUCAUAUUCCGUCCUCCGCUCCGGGUAGGAAGUAUUCAUCUACCAGAGGAAAUCACACCUUACCCAUCAUAAAUAGAGUGAACACCUCCCUGUAACUAUUAUCGAGCACUGGACGUUCUUAAUCCCUCUCCCAUCCAACAUUAUCGUCAGCAGAGUUAUGGCUUUGAACCGCCUAAGGCAACUUUCUUCUCAGCUCACUGGAUCGUCAUCCUCGCCUCCCAAGGGCGGCCUGGAAGCGCUCACGCAAAAGAGCCCCGAUGAUGUUGUCUUCACAAUGGCCGCACGAACACCCCUGGGAAGGCAGUACAAAGGACAGUUCAAGGACGUCCCGAUCGACGAACUUCUGACUGCUACAUUCAAAGCCGCCAUUGCCAAGAGUGGAGUGAAUCCCAAAAUAAUCCAGGAUGUUAUCAUUGGCAACGUCCAGAUGGAUGGCCCUAACUAUUACGGUCGCGCUGCGAUGCUUGCGGCUGGCAUGUCCCACGAAACACCCAUCCAAACUGUUGACCGGUUCUGUUCAAGUGGUCUCAUGGCCGUCAGUGCUAUCAGCAACAGGAUUAGAGCGGGCGAGAUAGAUAUCGGUCUUGCAAUUGGCUUCGAGCAUAUGAGUCAAACUAAGCCUUCAGCUCCAGGUAAGAUGACCGAAGGGACUAUGUGUUGCCAAGAGGCUGCGGAUUCAACAAUGCCCAUGGGUUGGACUUCCGAAAAUGUUGCGGGCGACUACAAAAUCUCUCGUGAAGAAAUGGACAAAUUCGCUUUCCUCUCCCACACUCGCGCUUCGAAAGCUCAGCAAGAGGGAAUCUACAAAGAUGAAAUUAUCCCUAUCGAAAUUUCUAAGCGAGAUCCCAAAACUGGCGAGGUGGUGGGCAAAGUCCUUGUCACGACAGACGACGUCAUUCGGCAUGGUACGACUCUCCCAGCUCUUCUCAAGAUCCGUAGCGCAUUCCCCCAAUGGGCUCCCAGUCAAACGACAGGCGGGAACGCCAGUCAAAACUCGGAUGGAGGUGCUGCUGUUCUUCUGAUGCGUCGUUCGAAAGCGGAAGAACUCGGGCUCAAGAUCCUCGGUAAACACGCCGGAACGGCCACCGUCGGUGUACCUCCUCGCAUAAUGGGUGUUGGCCCUGUCUAUGCUAUUCCUGCAGUGUUGAGGCAGGUCGGCAUUACGAAGGAAGAUGUGGAUUUGUACGAAAUUAACGAGGCGUUUGCCUCUCAGUAUGCGUACUGCAUUAAAGUCUUAGGAUUGGAUGUCGAGAAAGUCAAUGUUAAUGGUGGGGCAAUUGCUUUGGGCCAUCCGCUAGGUGCAACAGGUGCAAGACAAGUUGCCACUGGUAUGGCGGAACUUGAGAAGCGGAAGGGGAAGGUUCUCGUAACAAGCAUGUGCAUGGGAACUGGCAUGGGCGCAGCUGCUAUUUUCGUCAGGGAAUGAACUCAUGACAAGCUCUCUGCUCUCACUUUCCCCAUCGCCUUCGUUGAUAUGUACUUGAGAAUCACUGUACAGCUACAUCCGCCAUACAAAUGCACCCUAAUACUUGUCGGCUCACUACAGGGAUUUUAGUGACUGCCUCAGGAAAGUGGAAGUUGUCUUUAAUAGCUGCUUGUGCGCACUCGGAAAGACAAUGUGAUGACAAUGACGAUCGGUAUGGUAUACAAGGGUAUUCGAACUCGGUAUUCGUAUAAUAUGCACGAUCUACAAAUACAAGGCUAAGAGCAUACAUUCCAGUAGAACCAUCAAUCGCUCAAAUAAUCGUCAUCGUCACUCCAAAUAGCGCCCUUGCGUUUCGGCUUGGAGGUUGUAGCUUGAGGUUGGGAGUCUUGCCACUGUGUUCCCGAAGAACCACCAGCACCUGGAAGGUCGGUUCCAGAGGUCUCUCGGGAUAACACAGA